AUGAGUCAGCAGAACGAGAUCAACAGCUACAUUGCCCCGAACAAGCCAAUCAAUGGACGUAUCUAUGAAAGUCCAGCUCCUAAUCAAGCUCACAAUGAAUCGGCUAGCGCAACAUUCGGAGGUUGUUUCAACAGUUACAGCUCCUCGUGGACUCCGGCAAGAAACAACGGACAACCUUUCACUCCAAUGUUUCAGUCGACUCCAAAACAAACUGGAGCUCCAACAAAAUAUCCAGCAUGGCGAAACAAUACUCCUUCCGCUACUCCGCGUCGUCAAAAUAACGAAUUAGGAGCAGUUCGACUCCGUCUCAUUGAUCUUGAGCUAAGCGAUGCGACCAACUCAUCGAACACAUCUCACAAUCGCUCUUUGAGAAGUACUCUUCCGGUCUGGGCUAUAGACGAGCAUGGUGGAGUGUCGGCCAACGUUACUCUUAAAGAAGUUCUCGCAAACGAGGCACUGAUUGAGUUUGCCACUGAUAAGAACGGUUGCCGUUUUCUUCAGGAACAAUAUCCUGCUGUUUCGGAUGGAGGAAUUCAUGACGAAAUCUUUCGCAGAAUGGUAGAGGACCGUAGCAUGUUUCUCUCGAUGUGCCGUAAUAUGUUCGGCAACUUUUUCGUUCAACGAAUGGUCGAAUGCUCAAACACGGAAGAGCAGGAAAUAGUUAUGGAGCAUCUUGUGACCGAUAUGUUCGCUCUCUGCCUGGACAAAAGUGCUUGUCGGGUGAUUCAACUUGCCAUCCAAAAGCUUGAAACUCAUCUGGCGUCCCGUCUUGCUGCAGAACUUCGUGAAGCGGACCUUGUUCGCCUCAGCAUUGAUCAAAACGGAAACCAUGUCAUUCAAAAGAUCAUUAAAACACUUCCAGUGUCUGCGUGGGACUUUGUCGUCAAUUUCUUCUGCAAUGACGAUAAUCUGAUUGCUGUUUGCCAGGACAAGUAUGGUUGCCGCGUUGUCCAGUCAACAAUCGAGAAACUUUCGGAAGAUCCUCACACGGAAUGCUACAACCAGCGUCUUCAUCUUCUCCAACAACUUAUGGUUGGCAUUACUCGGAACUGUGGCCAACUCGCUUCAAAUGAGUUUGCCAACUACGUUGUUCAACAUGUCGUGAAGUGUGGCGGAGCUAUGGAGACAUUCCGUGAUAUCAUCAUUGAGCAGUGUCUUCUGAGGAAUCUUCUCUCGAUGUCUCAGGAAAAGUAUGCUUCUCAUGUUGUUGAAAUUGCAUUCCUUCGUGCACCUCAUCGUUUGGCGUUCGAGAUGAUGGAAGAAAUCUUUGAAGGAUACAUUCCACAUCCAGAGACAAAUCGAGAUGCUCUUGAUAUUCUGCUCUUCCAUCAAUACGGAAACUAUGUCAUCCAGCAAAUGAUCAAUAUCUGCUGCACUGCCAUCCUUGGGCAAAGCGAACGUCAUCUUGAGCAGAAAGAGAUCGAACAAUACACCAAAUGGCUUGAGCGCAUCAAGGAGCGUGUGACUCGUAAUUCUCAUCGCCUUGAACGUUUCUCUUCCGGGAAGAAGAUCAUCGAAGCACUUCAUGCGUCAGCCACUGGUACACAAUUGGCACCACCAAACAGUCAGUACCACUAG